AGACGACGAACAAGAUGAUGGCCUCACGCAUCUUGUCUCGUUUCCUCCCUUCAGCUGAUGAUGGCGCCUACGAACAGGACUACCGACACGACCAUGGCCACACGCCCGACCGAGCUGAACGAGGGCUGAGAGAUUCGUCCGAUGAGCAUGAGCUUAACGCUCUCAUAGCUGGAGACGCUGAGCCCGACCUCGAUUUUGAUCCGCACCAGCCUUCAACUUCCCGACCUCAUGGCGACGAAGACAUUCCAGCUUCACUGCUUAUGGAAGACAAGCCCGACCAGAGCACAUUCGCUCCAUCGCCGAACCAUCGAACCGAAGCACAAUGGAGAAAGACCCAAGAACGCCAACAACUGCACCCUGAAGAUCGACCUCGUCCUGCCGUCUCGCAUGCACCCAAUCAAGAUGCUGUUCUUAAAGAACAAGCCAUGUGGCUCUGGACAAACGUUCAGAACUUGGACGCCUUCCUGCUUCACGUCUACCAAUACUUUACUGGACAUGGUAUUUGGUCUAUCUUGUUGUCGCGCUUCAUACACCUAGCCACAACCGCCUUCCUCUUCAGCCUCUUCAUGUUUCUCUCGACUUGCGUCGACUACGCCAAGAUCCCCAGUAGCAAGGGCACCUCGGAAGUUUUGAUACCCCAGUGUAUGAAGAAGUCGUCUUGGAUAAAGAGUCUGUUGUUAUGGGCAUUUUGUUUCUGGUGGAUCAAGACCUUCUGUGGUUACAUUGCCGACAUCCCGAGGUUGCGUAAGAUGGAGAUGUUUUAUCAGCAUCUGCUAGGCAUACCCGACACCGAUAUCCAGGCUGUUUCAUGGGAGAGAGUAGUUCAAGGGCUCAUGAAACUUCGUGAUCUCAAUCCGGAAACUGCUGAUACCGUUCCUAAGUAUCUGAAGACGACAGGAAAGCAAUCCAAGCAGAAGAUGGACGCUCAUGAUAUUGCCAAUCGCUUGAUGCGUCGCGACAACUACAGCAUUGCCCUCUUUAACAAAGAGAUCAUCGAUCUAACUCUGUCAAUACCCAUACUGGGCAAUCGCCAAUACUACUCGAAGAGUCUAGAGGACUGGCUCGACGGAUGUUUUUCUAACUUCAUCUUCGAUGACCAAGGCCAAGUUGAUCCGUCGUGUUUGCANAGGAAAGACAGGCAUCGCCUGAUCCAGAUUCUACGUCAACGUCUCCGCUUUUUCGCCAUUAUGAGCAUUUUCAUGGCCCCAUUCACGAUCACUUUGCACUGCAUCUACUAUUUUUCACGAUAUUAUGCUCUGAGUGCACCAGUGCUAAUAUACUCCAGNGAAUUCCGCGCUAGCCCUUCAGCCAUUGGAGCUCGUACUUUCACCCCUCUGGCAGAAUGGAAGUUUCGCGAGUUCAACGAACUUGACCAUGAUUUCCGCCACCGCAUCAAACAAGCACAUCCUAUGGCGGCAGCUUAUCUCGACCAGUUUCCCAGAGAUAAGACCCAUCAAUUCCUGCAGUUUGUCAGUCUGGUCAGUGGUACUCUAGCAGGCCUGUUGACCAUCGCUACCUUGUGGGACUCUGAACUCUUUCUUGGAUUCGAGAUUACGCCUGGCCGUACAGCUUUCUUCUACGUCUCCAUACUACUGGCAGUGGCUACAGGAGCCCGUAGUGCUAUCCCUGACGAAAGCAAAGUACACGAGCCCAUCUUCCAUCUGAAGAAUGUGAUUAGCGCCAUACACUACUGCCCAGCCAGAUGGAAGAAUCAGCUACAUAGCGACGAAGUUCGCGUCGAGUUCUCUGCUCUAUACCAGAUGAAGGUUAUGAUCUUCCUCGAGGAGAUACUCAGUCUUCUUAUUGCUCCUUUCAUUCUAUGGAGAAAUUCUGGAAAGCGAAGCGAAAUGAUCAUUGACUUUUUCCGCAACUCGACAGUCCAAGUCGAUGGUCUUGGCUAUUUAUGCACAUUUGCCGUGUUUGAUUUCAGGAAGAGCAAGAACGUCGAAGACGACGUGGGUAAAGAUGUAGAUGGACUGCGUGGGGAUUACUUCGGCACCAAGGACGACAAGAUGGCCAUGUCGCAAUACUACUUCAUGGAACGGCUCAGCAAGUACGACAGACAGCAGGCGUUCCGCCAGAAUCGUGCUCGUGGUAUACAACUCCCACCUGCCUUCCCUCCGUUAGAGACUGCAACGCGACAGACUGCCGUUGGUAGAAGCCGAAAUGUAAGGGAGCCUCCAUCACAUCAACCAUCACCACAUCAGUCUCUGUUACUAGACGUUCCACGACAGAAGUCUGCUCCUGCAACCACCAAACGUUCAGGAGGUCAAAGAUUGACGCAGCUUCGUGCAGGUGGUAAGCGUCCAAGCGCGCCUGAGUAUCUCAGUCCUGAUGAGGGUGAAGAGGAUCACAUGGCAGGUUUGGAUGCCCUGACCACAAGCAGGCUUAUUGAAGAAGACGAGGACUUGUCUCCCUCGUGGAAGACAUUUAACGAGAACGCUGACACAGAGGAGUCAGAGGCGGGCAAUGAGCGCCGUCCGAAUAAUGGAGUCUUGGGCCUUCUGGUCGAAUACUCCAAAGCCCAUUCGGGCAGCAAGGGGCCUAAGCUGGGU